ACAGGGGAUAUAAAAUCAGCUCAGGAACAAUAUGACCGGGAGGGAUUUCCCUCCAUCGCUUACGAAUUACAGUUAUUGCCAACAAGAGAAUAACGAACCCUCCUCCCCCUUUCUUCUCAUCAACUUUAUUUCAUUUCAUCAUUUCCCCAGCUGGCUGCUGCAAAAAAUCUUGAUACACGGAGCACUCUUUCUUGAUUUCCCGGCCGGCAUUGUUUCCGAUCGAGCGACAAGUCCCAAGGUGUUGUCAUAGGCAUUAGAUCGAUUGAAUGAGAGAUUGAUUACCUGGAAGCCAGGCGGCGCACACUUUCGAGUUAAUUUGCAGCUAGCAUGCACCGCACUGUACCAGAGAUUAUCCAGAGAUUAUCCAAUUAAUAAUUUGAAAUGGGAGUGGGAGCGCGCGGCAUGGAAGAUGGAUAGAUUGUUGUGUAGGCCGGCGUCACGGCUCCGCCGGUACCGGCGAUGUUUAUAUUCCGACAGCGCAGCGAGGUCGGCAGAGGGGGGAGAGGAGGAGGGGGUGGGGUGGCGACACAAGAUAUUGGAUCCGAGCAGCGGGUUCGUGAACCUGUGGAACCACAUCUUCCUGGUCACCUGCCUCAUCUCCCUGUCCAUAGAUCCCCUUUACUUCUACCUGCCGUACGUCGGCGGCAAGGCCUGCAUGUCCACCGACAAGAGCGCCUCCGUAGCCAUAACCUACUUCCGCACCCUCACCGACUUCUUCUACGUUCUCCACAUGCUCCUCAAAUUCCGCACCGCCUUCGUCGCCCCCAGCUCCCGGGUUUUCGGCCGGGGCGAGCUCGUCAUGGACUCCACCGAAAUCGCUAUGCGCUAUCUCAAAUCCGAUUUCAUCAUUGAUUUCGCAGCCACCCUCCCUUUACCUCAGAUUGUGAUUUGGUAUGUGAUUCCGGCCACGAAAGGCAACGGCUCCGGCCACGACAACAACACCAUUGCUCUCAUCGUCCUCAUUCAAUACCUUCCCAGGUUGCUCGUUAGCAUUCCCUUAAAUCAGAGGAUUAUCAAAACCACCGGCUUUAUUGCUAAAACAGCUUGGGCAGGAGCUGCAUAUAACCUUAUCCUCUUCAUGUUAGCCAGCCAUGUACUGGGGGCUUCAUGGUACCUCUCGUCCAUUGGGCGCCAGCACUCUUGCUGGACAAUGCAGUGUAAGAUUGAGCAGAAUGCGGUGCCACCUUGCGUGCCGAGUUUUCUGGACUGUGAGAGCGUGACUUCCCAUACGCUGGAGCGGGAGUACUGGCUCAACACCACAUCAUUGCUCUCGCGUUGCGAUCCUAAUAAUGAGGACUCUGAUUUUAAAUUCGGAAUGUUUGCUGAUGCCUUCACCAGUGAAGUCGCAUCCUCUCGAUUUAUCGAAAAGUAUCUCUACUGUCUCUGGUGGGGCUUAAGAAAUUUGAGUUCAUAUGGACAGAAUUUGAUGACUAGCACUUACAUUGGGGAAACAGUCUUUUGUAUUUCCGUGUGUAUCAUUGGCUUAAUUCUAUUUUCUCAUUUGAUUGGGAACAUGCAGACUUACCUGCAAUCCUCUGACGGUGAGACUUGAGGAGUGGAGGAUUAGAAGAAGAGAUACAGAAGAAUGGAUGAGGCAUCGGCAGUUACCACCAGAUCUGCAAAGACGUGGUUCGUCAAUUUGAGCAAUACAAAUGGCUGGCCACCAGAGGAGUGAAGGAAGAAUCUAUCUUGAAAUCCUUACCGCUGGAUCUUCGUCGUGAGAUUCAGAGACAUCUUUGUCUUAACCCUCGUUCGCAGAGUACGUACGUAUAUACGAAGCAUUUCAAUUUAGAAAUAAAGCAUUUAGUCAUAUUUCAGGAAUCACCAUCUCUGUCUUUGAGUCAUAUCUCCUAUACUGUCUUUGAUCUACGUGCGUGCAUACUACAUGCAUGGCAGGUUCCAUUCUUUGCACAGAUGGAUGAUCAACUGCUUGAUGCCAUCUGUGAACGGCUAGUGUCAUCUCUGAGCACAAAAGACACGUACAUUGUGCGGGAGGGUGAUCCGGUGAGCGAGAUGCUUUUCAUCAUUAGGGGCACACUCCAAAGUUCCACAACCAACGGAGGAAGAUCAGGAUUCUACAAUACUUAUGACCUCAGGCCCGGAGACUUUUGCGGGGAGGAGUUACUCACAUGGGCUCUACUCCCCAACUCUUCACUAAACCUGCCUUCCUCAACUCGCACCGUGCGAACACGGUGUGAGGUUGAGGCAUUUGCGCUUCGCGCUGAGGACCUUAAGUUCUUCGCCGUUCAGUUCAAACAUCUCCACAGUAAGAGGCUGCAGCAUGCCUUUCGGCACUAUUCUCAGCAGUGGAGGACCUGGGGCGCCUGCUAUAUCCAAUCUGCAUGGAGAAGGUACAAAAAGAAAAAGUUGGCCAAAGAGCUGUCUUUGCAUGAGACAGGCUAUUAUCAAUACAUGCCGCCCACGGAAUUAGCUGGUGUAGACAAUGAAUCAUCAUCAUCAUCAUCAUCUGGAGGUUAUGAUGGUGUGGACACUCAUGCACCGCAGCACAUUGGACCCACAAUUUUGGCCUCCAAAUUUGCAGCAAAUACAAGAAGGGGGGUCAUGCAAAAAGUUAAGAUAACUACUCCUGCACCUUCAUCAUCCAGUCUCAAAAUGUCACAACUAUGUAAACCAGAAGAGCCUGAUUUCUCUAGCUCUUAAAUGAGAAUCUAAUAUUCACUUGUACCUUCAUCCCUCAUACACAUUAGAUUGAAGAUGUCUGACUUCCUUUCUUUAGAAUAUACAAGAAUUUUGACUGCUAAAGUCUGUUGUAUAGGGUAAUUUUAUUCUUCUACUUGUAAAUCAUUGCAGCGUCUAGGUUUUGGUCAAC